CAUGUUCUCAACUCUUCUGUGUGUGUGUGUCAGGCGGAGGCGAGGCUUGCGGCGAAGAGGGCGGCUCGUGCAGAGGCAAGAGAUAUUCGAAUGAGGGAACUGGAGCGACAGCAGAAAGAGCUCUCUCUCCACUCUGCCAGCAGCAGGAAGUGGGGUCAGAUCCACCAGUGGAUGGCCGAGACAGAGAGAGCUCGAACUGCUGCUGCUCGUCCUAGCAGUCGCCACCACCGGGGUCUGGAUGAUGAUGUCAUGUCAGUCCGCAGUUACAGGUCGACCUCUUCAGGGAUACGAGACCUCGGCUCCACCAAGAGUCGGUCCAGCACCCGUAGAAAAGACACCUUGUCUGAUGGACUCUCCUCUAGCUCUGCCCUGAAGACCUCACGCUCCACCAGCUCAGUUUUCGGCGAUCUUCACGGACACAAAAAGUCUUCAUCAUCUUCGUCAAAGAAAGACCUACUGACUGGUCUGUACCACGAUCAGAGGAACUACAGCAGCCUGACAAAGACCAAACCUCCUCCUCCUUCUUCCACCUCCUCCUACCAGCCUCGGGCAACCUCCUCGGCUGUAACAGGCCUGACUCGCAGCUACAGCACGGCUUCUGUGUAUGAUGAUGCUGCACUGUGCGGCUCGGGCUACAGUUCCAAAGCUCCCUCUGAAUACAGCUGGUACUCCUCUGCAGCCAGCUCCACCCGCAGCAGCCCUGUGUCUUCCUCUGAUGAAGACACAGUGAGCAGUGUGUCUCAGGAGCGAGGCAGCAGAGGUCGCAGAGACAGUGUGUUGUCUGAUUUCUCUGACAUCAGUGAGUCAGCAGCAGAUUAUUUCAGUCGCUCUAACAGACGAGGCAGCGUGGUGUCAGACCUCGAUGAUCUGAUGGUCCCUGACCUUGACGCACUGGACGACAAAUGUGAUAAACAGUAUUCAGACUUCAGCCGGCCGUCGUCUCGCUGUGCGACGCCCGGCCUCUCAGCAGCCACUCUGGCGUCUCUUGGCGGCACGUCGUCACGUCGUGGCAGCACAGACACAGGCAGCAUCUACGACCCCGACACCAGCCUGAGCGAGCUGAGGGACAUCUAUGAGCUAAAGGACCAGAUUCAGGAUGUAGAGGGGCGCUACAUGCAGGGGCUCAAAGAGCUGAAGGAGUCCCUGGUGGAGGUGGAGGAGAAAUAUAAGAAAGCGAUGGUGUCUAACGCUCAACUGGACAACGACAAAGGAAACCUGAUCUACCAGGUGGACACGUUGAAGGACGUGAUCGAGGAGAUGGAGGAGACGACGGCGGAGAUGAAGAGAGAGCUGGAGGAAAAAACUAAGGAGCUGGAGCGGCAGAAGCACACCUGUUCGGUUCUGCAGCACAAACAGGAAGAACUGAAGGAGGGGAUCAGACAGAGAGACGAGCUCAUAGAGGAGAACCAGAGGCUGCAGACUCAGGUAGACGCCCUCAGCAGGGAGAUGUUCGACCUGCAGGAGACCAUAAACUGGAAGGACAAAAAGAUCGGGGCUCUAGAGAGACAGAAAGAGUACUUUGAUUGCAUUAGGAGUGAGAGAGACGAGCUCCGAGACGAGCUCUCUGACAUCAAAGUGAAGAUGAAGACGGAGAAACAUGGACUUGUCAUUAUCCCAGAUGGGACUCCAAACGGAGACAUGGAUCUCGAGUGUCCGUCCUCAGGUAUUACGGUGGUCUCUCAGGAGGCCGCCCAGGUGCUGGAGUCUGCAGGGGAGGGUCCUUUAGAUGUGCGGCUUCGUAAGCUGGCGGAGGAGAAGGACGAGCUGCUGUCUCAGAUCAGGAAGUUGAAGAAUCAGAUGGAGGAUGAGAGACAGAAACAGUCGAAGACAGACGGUGCGUUCACUGAUGGGGAGAGAGUGGAGAACGGUACAGACCUUCACUUCAUCGAGAUGCAAAGAGACGCUAACAGACAGAUCAGUGAAUACAAAUUCAAAAUCUCUAAAGCAGAACAGGAAAUGGGUACGAUGGAACAAAAUAUCAACAGACUUGAAGGUCAGGUGAGUCGUUACAAAGCUGCUGCAGAUAAUUCUGAACGAGUGGAGGACGAACUGAAGGUGGAGAAACGUAAACUACAGAGAGAGCUGCGUACGGCUCUGGAUAAGGUGGAGGAGAUGGAGAUGAAUAACCACCUGGUGAAGCGUUUGGAGAAGAUGAGCAAUAGGAACGCUCUGCUGUCUCAGCAGUGAGCGGCGUCUUCUCACCAUCAAGCCUUUAAAUCUCCUCCACUGCCAAACUGCGUCUGCAGCAACUCUAAGCGCAAACACUCGGACAUUAGUAACCUCUAAAAGUAGCAGAAGAGCACGCGCGUGUUCACCAUAGGGAGAGAGGCGAGGACAUUUCACUACAUAAUCUGUCAUGUUUAAUUCUCUGCUCGGGGCGGGGCUUUGUUUUGUUUUGAUAAGUUGCAUGAAUGAGUAAAAAGCUUUUAAAGCGUGACGGCUGCUCCGCUCUUUCCUCACAGUGAAGUGCCUUUUACACGAGCUGACGAUUC